AUGCGGAGAGCAUCUCCGGCAGCGUCACAGGUGGCUGCCCAUCCGCCCCCGCUCCAUUCAAGUACCUUACCGCGUCGAGCGAGGUGGCGCGCUACCAGCACCCCAGCUUCCGGUCGCUGGAAUUGCUGUUAUCAACCUCACUGUGGUUCAAUGCGUUCGUGCAGGAGCGCGCGCGUUGAACCCUGCUGCCACGGCACCUCCUCCCGUUUUCGAGCCCUUCGGCCGGUGUCAUUCGUGAGCCCUCCUCGUCGUGCGCGCUCGACCCUGCAUCGCGCGCGACAGCAACGACGGCUGCUGCCCUGGAAGAGCCACGCCGCGAAAGCUGUGCUGAUGUUGGCGGCCGCCUAUCCGGCAGGCGGUCCUUCGUGGCAAUUUACCGCAACUUCAAGCGAACACGUGAGGCGACCGCCACGCGCGAGAAGGUGGGCCGAGGUGCCGCGACGUGCGUGCCUGGAGGAAAGCCCUGUGGAGGACGUGUUUCUCUCGGAGUGCCUCCGUUGCACCUUCUCCCUUUCUAUUCGUUAUCUCCCAUCCCCCUCGAUGUCUCUGGUCGACGGUUGUAGCGUUGCGGAGGUGGACGACGGUGAUGACUACGGCGAGGAAGUCGAUCCGCAAGGCAACGGGCUGAGCUCGACGUGCUCCUGCUCCUCGACAACGUCACGGGCCGAGUCGAUCGGCGCCGCUGCGUGGCACCCCACCACAGCCGCCGUUGCCUCUGAGGUGGGCACAAAGUACGCCAUGGUGCGUGAGUGCCAGAUGACGCGGUCUGCUUUUUCAGUGCCUGCUGCUGGUGCUGCCCUCUCUGCUCACCGCAGCGGCCGCCGCCGUGGGGCCGCUGUCAGCGCUUGCCCCCACUGCGCGCGCCGACGAUGCUGCCUCCAUCUAUCCUGA